CCCAACCCCCAGCAUUUCAGAAAGCAAUUUCUUAACUUUAACAUAAUUUUUCAUCAAGCUAUCUAUAACAUAAACAAUGGGAAACUGCAUAGUUCUGCAAGAAAAGGUAAUCAAAGUCAUCAAAUCAGAUGGGAAGAUUCUUGAAUAUAAAGCACCAAUCAAAGUUCAGCAAGUUUUAUCAGAUUUUUCCGGUCAUGCAAUAUCUAAUUCACUUCAGGAUUUGCAGCAUCUCUUACCAGAAACCAAACUGCACGGUGGUAGCUUCUACUAUCUUGUACCUCUGCCUUUACCAUCUGUACAAGCUAAGAAGAAAGUAAGAUUUUCAAUUCCAGAAGAGGAACAUAAACAAGAAACUGGAGUUGUUAGAAUUAAAUUGGUCAUAAGUAAGCAAGAACUGCAAGAAAUUCUGCAAAAGGGAGGAGUUUCUGUUAAUAACAUGGUUUCUCAGCUUCAGAGUCAGCAGAAGGUUCAGAUAGUUGAUACAUCUGAUAAUGAUGAUAAUAAUAAAAAUUGGAAGCCUGUAUUAGAAAGCAUACCAGAAGUAGACUAGUAAAACAUGAAUUAAGUUUAAACAAACAACAGAUAGUGUAUACCAAAAGAUACUGGAAUUAUGCAGUUUAACCUGUGUUCUCGACACAAGUGUUAUCAUGUUUUCUUGCUUUGAAAUCAAUAGAAUCUGCAGCUAACAUAUCAACCAAA